GGCCGUAACGCCGUAACGUCGCGACGUCCGGAUACGGUCUUUCUUCUCUAAAACAUUGACGCGUCUCUGAAGAAAAUUGUUAAAACACGAAAUCGGAAGAUGAGAUACCGAUUUGCCAUAAUAAAGAAUCAUCCUAGACGUCCGAGAUCGGCGUCGUUUUAUGUUGCUCCGAUUGUCAUUCGGUCACGAUCAAAAGUAUAGCGGAUUUCGCGAAGAAAAAGGACAUAUGUAAGGAACGUUGGCGGUACGUUUUCGCGGGACAAAAUCUUUGUCGAAUCAGUGCAGUUUCGAGUCGCAGUGACUAUGAUGUUAGAGUGAUCUUUGCUAUUAAUCGAGCAACAAACGUACAUUACCAUCAUGCAGAUUCCUGGAUUGCAAUUCAUGACUUUGCUAUUGUGCUCAUUGAUGAUGACAAGGAUAUCAGUGGUCUCAGGACUCUAUUUCCCGCAAUCCAAUCUCACUCUAAGAUUUCCGUACUUGGUUCGACACGGCACAAGGGUUGUACCGGAGGUCAAAUUAAUCAGCCUUAGGACCAUUCGGAAUGACUCCACUGUAUCGCAAGAUGUGAAGUAUCAGAUCAUCAGACCGCAGGAGAAUGCAAUUUACCAGAAAAACACGAGCAAGAUUCUGCUGCAGAAUCUUCCGCAAAAUGGAACCCUUGGUACUAUCAUCGUCAAAGCGAGCGAGAAAGGUAGCAGCGAAGCGCUACUCGAAAUAAAAGUACAGCCAGUACCAGUAAUGGGAGAAACUAUCAAUUGUACGGACUACAUGCAGGACAUGUGCUUCUGGAACACAUCGAACUACAAGAUUUAUGAGAAUCAACCAGUCACAAUGAUUGGCACGUUCGGCCCGGAGGCGUACAGCCAUGUGUGUCCCGACUUUAGCGUCACCAGAUAUGAAUUAUCAAAUGGAAGCGAUUAUUUUCACAUAGUUGAUAAUAAAUUGUUCGCGAACGCGUCGUUGGACCGAGAUAUUAUCGGUCCUCCAGGAGGGCCUGGACCUCGCGUUCAGAUCGAAGUGAGAUGCGUCGUUUGGGAAAAGAACGGAGCGCAGCACGUGCAAACGGACGUUCUUACCAUCAAUAUCCUGGAUCAAGACGACAAUCCUCCCACAGCGCAAGGCAAAACUUCCAUCGCUAUAACGCUUCCGGACUUUACCGAGGGCUAUAAAUUGAUAGACGAUAAUCACGUGAUCGUGAAAGACGCGGACGUGGUGACUAGCAAUCAGUACAGCAUUCGCCUGAUUGGCGAUAACGCUCACGCUUUGAACAUCACUUACGAUACUUUUCCGAUCGAGCAUCCUCAACAUCCGGAUCAAGCGCCUUCUACCGCCAUUAUUCCUAAAAUCUACGCCAGGAAGACAUUGCUACCGGAAUCGCCGUAUCACGUAGUCCUUCAGGUUACGGAUAAAUCGCUUCUCGAAGGAUACGGAGCAAAUUCGAUAAACAUCAGCAUAACUUUCUUGGGGCCAGUACACCGAGUUUUGAAUAUUGCGACACCAUCACCCAACACGACACGAGAAUCAUUCUCGUAUCCUACGACUGUGAAAAUAGCCCGGAUUUCGCCGAACUACAUGCGCGUGGCGAAACCAACGGCAAAACCCCAUUCCUCGGUAACUUUUAUCCUGCAUGGUUCCAGUGCAUUCAACGUCACCCAACAGGAGGGUAUCGUUUACGUGUCCAACGAAACUAAGCUACGAUCCGAGCCCGACACCAUUCAGCUGAAAUUAAAAUGGAGCGAAGAGAAUCGUGCGUCGACGACCAGGACGCUACAAGUGAAACUAGUCAACGUGCUGCCGUCGAAGACUAACACGUGCGAACAAUUGGCUCAUGAAGAAAUGCACUCAUGCGCAAAUGCGAAAUCGCGUGAGGAUUGCGAGAAGUCCUGCGGAAUCGCCAGCGGAGUCUUUAGCAAGGACAGUUUCGUCGGUCGAUGCGUUUGGAGGAACAACAAGAGAAACAAUCGAACCAAUGUUAUGACUCAAAUGACGAAAUAUUAUUCCACCUGUUCGCCGGAUCUCACGUACUGUCCGGACAACGAAUGUGACGAGCUGGAGCGCAGCAAUCCGCGUAUAUGUCCGCAAGACUGCGUCAAAUCCGACGAUACGGCGUUUUUCGCCCACAUGAACCAGAACGGCCACGGCAUAAAGAGCGGGGUAGACAUCUGCACCUGUGAUGACACUGCAAUUAAAUUGCAAUGCGUCUGCGGGCCCGGUGUUCAACAACAAGGAAACGACGUCCCAGGUGCUAAGGAAGAACGAUCUAGAAAAUCGCGGGAUCGGAAAAAUACCGAUCCUGUGUCGGGCGCGCGCAAAGCGUCCAGCGGACCAUGCGGUCCCACAUGCAUGAUGGGCGUUAUUGGAGCUAGUCUGUUUGUUCUGAUCGUGAUUGUGGGCUCGUUUAUUACAUGGAGGUACAGGAUGGCGGCGAAGGGCGUACGAGGGGAACGCAAACACAGGGUGGACGAUGCGGCAAAUGGUAUUGGUAUUUUGCCGUCCGACUACAUCGAUCGUGGCGAUGGUCUCUUGAUCGGUCUGGACACCUUCACAGCGGCAAAUCGUCAUCUAUUGCUGCCCAAGACGUGUCCGCCGGAUCCGAAAUGGGAAUUUUCACGCUCACUUCUAAAGAUCGAGCAAGUGCUGGGCGAAGGUGAGUUCGGACGCGUUCUACGCGCCAAAGCCAUGAACAUCGGCGGGAUGCCUGGCCCCACGACCGUCGCUGUGAAAACGCUAAAGGAAGACGCGUGUGCUUCUGAACUGGCGGAUUUGCUGUCUGAAUACCAGCUGCUGAAAGAAGCACAGCAUCCGAACGUGAUCCGACUGCUAGGCGCCUGCACGAUGCCACCAGGCGCGCCAGUCUAUCUCAUCAUCGAAUUCGCCGAAUUCGGCUCUUUACGCAACUAUCUGAGGCGCAGCCGGCAUUUGGAGUCGGAAGGCAGAAUUCCCGGUUCGACAUCUCCGCUUUCCACUUCGCCGAUCAAUGCCAUCGAAGAAUCGCGAUGCGCCGAUAAUAAUGCGUCAAAUUGCAUAAUAACGCCUCGCGAUAUCCUUUCAUUCGCUUGGCAAAUAAGUAAAGGAAUGGCGUAUCUCGCCGAUAUUAAGUUGGUGCAUCGGGAUCUCGCGGCGAGGAAUGUUUUGCUCGCAACCGGCAAGGUCUGUAAGAUCUCGGACUUUGGUUUAACUCGCGAUGUGUACGAGGACGAUGCGUACUUGAAACGAAGUAAAGGACGAGUACCCGUAAAAUGGAUGGCGCCGGAAUCCCUGGCCGACCACGUGUACACUAGUAAAUCGGACGUUUGGAGCUUCGGGGUGCUCCUGUGGGAGUUGGUCACAUUAGGAGCUUCGCCGUAUCCCGGAGUGGACGUACAUAAUCUCUACAAUCUCCUGAAGGCCGGCUACCGUAUGGAGAAGCCGCUCAAUUGCUCGCAACAAUUAUAUAAGCUGAUGAUAUCCUGUUGGCAUCAAGAACCUGGCAUGCGACCGUCGUUCAAGGAACUGACCAGCCAUUGGGAGCGCAUGUUAGAGGAUGGUGUUGAAUAUCUCGAUCUUAAUCCAAGAACCGUUCAUAAUCAGUCCUACUUUGCAUCCCUACAGGCCUUGGAUAGCGCGAGUGGUUCUGAGAACGAUCAGGUGGACAACGGAACUGCUACUAUUUUGAAAACAAACACCGUCAACUAUCUUGGUCGAAUGUCUUCUGAAUCGGUUACUAAAUGUGACAAAGUUGAUAAACUACAGGCGCUUUGGCAUCCGUCCGUAGCGUCUUUUUCCGAGGAAGCUGUGAAGUCACCGUACGUGAACGAUCGACCAGCGAGCCUGAAUGCCAAUCACUACGAGAGCCCGAUAAAGCUGCGGAACAUCAGUAUGACCAGCAACAGCGAAAACGACUUGACAACACCUUCGAACGAACGUCCUCAGUCCUACAUCGACAUGCAGGGAAAGAAAUCGGCGGAGACAGAGGACCUCCUGGUAUUUAGCAGUAUGGAUGAUGACAAGAACGAUAAUAACGUGACGAACUGAUCGACAUAAUCUCGUAUUGAAUAACGUAUUGUGUCGAAUUUGAAAUGCAUCACAAAUGAGAAAAUUUCAAAAUCACCAGAAACACACCAGUUUUCUGAGUCUCGAUAUUUAUUAGCUUGAGACUAACAUGAGGUGAAUGAAAAAAAUUAAGAUAGCCGAACGAUGAAAUAAUUGACGAUUCUGAGUUAUGCGAGAGAGGAGAAUAUUUAUUCAACGAAGGGACGGGAGAAAAAAAUAUGUGCAAACGAUUGGAAUCCAAUGUGAUUCGCGUGGGACGAGAAAUGUCAUUUUCAAAGACGACGCGAUGCGGAGAAUGACGAUGAUACAAUAAAUAUAAAAAAGUGCUAAAUAAAAAUAAAUGAUAAAAAUUUGCUAAAAUUGCAAUUAUAGCAACGAGUAUCGUCUUCAUAAAGUUGAAGAAACUGUGAGUUGAGAAAUACCGCAGAAGGUAUUUUUGAAACGACUGAAUGAAACGCUCUAUCAAAAAUUAAGAGCAAAUUAUAUCGCGCAAAGAGCGUUUAUUAUAUUAAAUAUAAAUUAGUAACUAAUUUGUUCUACUUUUAUGUACUUAAAGUCGUACGACUAUCCGUCAAUGAUCACUGAUGAGGCUGCUUUUAUUAUUAUCAAUAAUAAUAGUUACGUAGUAUAAUCAUUCGUGCGAUGUUUUGAAAAGAUCGUCAGGUUUUUAAUUUUCAGCAUUUAAAAAUCUUUUGCAUAUUGAACUAUGCAAGUGUUGUGAGAUUCGAGAAUAGUUGCUCAUUAAGUACAUCAAGCUUUUUUUGGCGAUCAAAGAACACUACAGGGUGUCUUAAAUUAUAAAUUGUUUUUUAACUAUUACUAACAGUUUUAUAAUUUUUAAUUAUGACUUCAAUAUUAUUCAAUUUUAAGUGGACUACACUUCAAUAGAAAUUUCAUUCGAGGUAUAAUUGCGAGAGAUAUUAAUGUUAUAAGAAGUUGAAGAUGAUCUUCCAUCAUAUCUUUGUUGAUAAAUAUCUGUGGUUGUGAAGUUGUACGACGGGACACCCUAUUCAUGACGCUAAUUUAAUUGACUUAAAACUUAAUCAUCACGCUUCCUUAAAAACGAAAUAUUUUCUAUUGUCGCACUAGCUUUUGUGGCUUCGUGUGUUUAACACAAAGCAGCAAAUCGCAUGAAAUGAUACGAUCGAAAGGUAGAAUUUUUACAAGAUAUAUGUGCGAGUUCCGAUUGACACAAACCGUAUCCGUAAUGUGCUUCGACGUACCUCAACGUAAUGGAUACAAUAGACGAGAAAUCGUCCUUUUUGUAUUUAUGUAUAAAACACAACAUUCCACACGAGAGAGAUUAGCCUAGUUAUUUAUCGUUUUAUGGGUUCUACGAUGACCGCGCAUGCGGGGGCGUGCGGGGUAUGCUGGUACGCUCCAGCUAGGGCGCAAAAUUUGUAGGAGCGCAAAAUUUUAAUAGGCGCCAAUAAUUUUUUAAGUGUCUAAAAACAUGUGAAAAUUGACCGCUCGGUCUAUAUAUAACAAUUUCAAAAUAUUAAAAAAUAUUAAAACAAAAAAGAUAUUAGAAUAUUAAACUAAAAAAAAGCUAAAAGCGGGAAUUUCUGAGACAUUUUUACUGCUGCGCGCGAACGAAUUCCAGCGUAGGAGCACCUAAGACUGUCGGACCCCGCGCGCAUGAUUUCGAUUUGUACCACGUUCUCUUUUUUUUUUUCAUUGCUGACCGAUGCGUUAAACGACUACGAUAUCGAACACGCGCCUUACGAACCGGUUAACAUUGUGCCAUAUUAUUUUCUUGUAAUUAAUAUAUUACAAAAUGUAUAAAAGAUGCUUCCA